AUGUGUUUUGUGUUUCAGAACGAAAUCAGUUUUAAUUCAUUCGGCAGCGAUGCCAAAACAUACCCGAGAGAGGGAUGGGCUGAACAUGAUGUUGUCGAGAUUCCACUUUCAGAUUCAACUUUAGAUAACCUGAUCAAGAAAGGCAGUAGUGAGGAUAUAAAGCUUGGUGCAGUGAGCAUAGUGGGUAUGCUGAAACACCCCUCUCCCCCCGGACCCCACGACAUGGCCGCCGCUGCCGACGAUGAUGAUGACGAUUUUCAUGGCAGCAGAUACCGGAGACCGGCACUGAUCACGGGCGUGAGUGUUCGGAGCAAGCGGUCGCCGAGCAGUGCCAGUGUGGGCGCCGUGUCACCCGCCGUCAGAGCCAUGAAUGACGUCAACCAGAACCAGGCCACCACCAACCAUCUCGACAUCAUGAAGGUGAUGGAUGCCAGUGACAGCAGUAGCACUAGCAGCUUCAGUAGCAGCGGUGGUUUCCAGUACGACCGUCAGCUGUUGCUGGUCGUGUAUGACUUCCAUUAUGAGUCAUCGGGCCGCGCCCCGCCCAGGGAAGGUGGCUGGGGCGGGGGAGGAGGAGGAGGGGGACCUGGUGGCAGUGGAUCCGGAAUCAACAACGUGGCAGCGGACGGCAACGGGAACGGCAGUUUGAGUUGGUCGGCGAACCAGAGCGGGGGAGCCACCAAGAAGGUGGGGUCUGGCACAGGCACGGGGACCAGUGCGUCGCGGCCCGAAAACAACAUCCAGGAGAUAUUCCUGUCGAAGCUGUUCUACUGCCAGAACUCACUCAUGGACGAUGUGGACGCGCUGCCGCCCGACCCCCAGCUGCACUACGAUUCAACCAAGUCCAGCAUACAUCUCAGUGAAGCAUUUCCAAGCCAAUCGCCUUCAAUAGCGGUGGUGGUUCCUCCGGUUGGGGGCGGCACUUUCAACGCUUCCGCAAUGGGCCUGGACGUGUUCCCCCCCUCCACCUCCUCAUCCGUCAACUUGCCGCCUCCGUCCACUCCUCCCUUCUCAAACGCCAUCAAGGUGUCGGUGAGCAACCGCGAGCUGAAGGGUGCACAGGGGGCCGCCGGGAGCGGUGGCAAUGGUAGCUACAAGAGUGAAGGCGGCAGCGGAGUUGAGACAACCCCCAAGGAGCCGGCCUCGGUACAGUGCGUGACAGUGGACUCGCUGGGUCGGCACUCGGCCAUCACGGGCAUCCAUCCAACCAAGGACGGCCGCCACCUGCUGGUCACCCUCGGCUCCGACCCGGAUGAGGACGACGAUGAGGGGGAGGGCGGCGGAAGUAGAGGCGGCGGCGUGUUUGUGAUUUACGGCCUCGUGUUCGACGGGCCCGUUGUCAGUGUUAGAGAGAACCCGUUGUGUUGGCGCGAAUUCCAGUCUGAGCCUAAACAGGUAGGCAUAUCCAUCUAUUUUAAAUACAGUAAAUAGGAAAAAUCAAUAUAU